CACGUCGCGUCAGUCGUCGUGUACGUGUACGCGCGCGUGUUUGCCGCUCUACAAACUGCACCGGACCGGUGGUGCGCGCGUGUUGUUGUGUGCGCGUCAAUCGUCUACUGCAUACACACACGCACUAUAAUAUACGUGUAUAGGUACACCGAACACCCGCCACCCCGAUCACCACCGCCACCCCAAUCAUCACCUCCACUACCCUCUAAUUCACUCCGCACACGCCGUUAUCACCACCACCGCCACCACCACCGACGCCGACUCCACCACUACCCGCGACGACCGCGGUUUCCGCAACCGAAUCGCCGCCGCACCACCUGAUGGAUCCGCGCCGGACCGUGUAACUGCCGUGGUGCGACACACGGCGACCGCGACGACACCGACACCGCGCCGCUCGCGCACCGCUUGUUUCGCUGACACGACCGGCACCUACGACAUUAUCGUCGCUGUCGUCGUCGUCGUUGUCGUCGUCGUCGUCGUCGUCGUCCAACCGUCGACUCGCCGGCCGCCACACUUCGUCGCGGUAUCAUAUACCGCGACGUGCGACGACCGUGGUCUCAGCGUCCCGUUCGAAUAUCUUCUUCUGGUGUGCGGUUGUCCCACUGCAGGAUAUAUCGCUUUAAAACAGUACAGGACUGCGAGUCCAUCGCCAUGUUGCGCUUCGAAGCAUGUAUGUCAUCUUCCCGGCGGACGAAGUCGUACAGCUGUCAUUCGGUCGACCCGCAACACGUCAGCGUCAACAGCAGCGGUCCGGUCAACGUUGCUAUUGCGACCAACACCGUACUGUCCCAGUCGUGGAUGGCGGUAACAAACUCUUAAGAGAAGAUCAACAAAUGAACCCAAUGGCCUCAGCGAUGGGUGAUGACCUAUCGCUCAGGGACCUUACGCAUCCGGCACUGAAUGACUCCUUGAAAACGCACAAUGCCGCCACAUUCAAGCUCGUCAAAACAGUGUCCGAUUUCACGCAAGAGUUGUCCCAAAUGUACGAACAACACGCAGCCGAGCUGCAACUGCUAGUCACGAAUUUCCGAAAGAAAAACACCGAUCUCAGAAAAGACAGGCCCUCAUUCCCUAGCCAAUUAUUCUACACGUGGGAAAUGUUCCUGCAAGAGGUGGAAACGGACUCGAAGUCAAUCAGUGACGUAGCUAGUGUACUCGGUCGACAAAUUUCUAGGCCGCUUUUAGAUAGGUCGUUCUAUCGAAAAGUACAAUCACGUAAAGUAUUCAGCCAAAGAGACUCGUUGGAAUUGAUCUUGCAAAAGUCUGAAGAUAAACUAUCAAAGUGCAGAGAAGAUUAUAAACGUUCUUUCCUUGCCCAGCUGUCAUCUCCAAACAGCUCAGCAUCCCUAUCUUCGUACCUCGACGCCCACAAUGCCUACGUCACUCAACUGCAUGCCACCAACGGUAUGGUCGACCAGUAUAACCAAUAUGUACUACCACAACUCUUACAGGAAUUAGAAGACGUUUACUCGGACUUGUGUAUGUCCCUGUCGGACGCGGUUCUCCAAGGAUCCGACGUCAUAUACAACAAGUCCAGUGAUCAGUCGAAGAGAUACAACGCUCUGGGAUCCCAAUGUCGACAGCUGACACCUGGUUCGGAUUUGGUCGCGUUCGCCCGAUCCCUAACACCACUGCCCACCACACCGCACCCGUCGCAGCGGACCCGAAGCUAUUGUCCGCCACAAGCUCCGGCGGACACCGAGGGAAUGAUCUUGGAACCCGGGGUCACGGAGGCCAUAGCACAGCUGGCGUUAAAAAACGAACUGAUUGUCGACAGACUGGCCAGCUUGGACGUGCGAGCAGGAUACGACACUAUAAGAGCGGAAUUGAUGGACCUCGAGUCUCAGAUGAAACAGAUACAAGAUUCGGUGGAAACGUUUAAGCGCUUACAACAAAGGAGCCUGGAACAGUCGAUGUUCAGCAAGGCGAAUGAACUUCAAGAGGACAUCAGCAUCAAGAGAUUCGAAUUUCGCACCGCGCAAAUGCACCUGGCGGCCGUCAAGUCGCAGAAAGAUCUGUUCGCAUCCAAGCUAGAAGCGACCGAAUCGAACGCACGAGAUAGGAAACUAUCGUCGUCGUCCAGUGGCAGCAUGAAAUCCAAAUGGUUAAAGGCCAUCAAGAGCCUGAAGACAACCAGUGGGCCGACCAACAACAAUACGACACAAAAGGAUGAAAAGAAACACCAAAUGUACCACGCGGUAUCGACCAUAAUUGCAAUGAGGAAAACCGGGCGUGACGGAAACCCACAGUUCUCGGCCAACACGGAAACGGCGCACCAGUUCCAAGAGUACACGUAUAAGAAAAUUACACCGUGCGAUUUUUGUUCGCAAGUACUUAGAGGGCACACCAGACAAGGUCUCAAGUGUCGGGUGUGCAAGAUGAACGUGCACUUGGACUGCCAGGAGAAAGUCACCACCCGGUGUCAGGUGAAGUCACGGCUGUUGCGCCGACAGAAGUCUACGUCGGAGAUCGAGACGAAGAUGGCGGCAAUGAACGUGGCGGGCCGCGACGACGAUGAAGUAAUUCCCGGUGCGGACGGCGGCGGUGGUGUUGGCGGUGCCGGCGUUGGUGGUGCUGGUGGAGGAGGUGGUGGUGGUGGAGGUGGCGUUGGAGGUGGUGGAAGUGGCGGCGGUGGGGGCAGUGGUGCAAGCGGCGGCCUCCAGCUGCAACUGGACGGCGCGGGACAACCGGUCGACCAGGUGUACCAGGUGUUGAAGCAGGCCGGCGAGAUCCGCACGUCGCCCAGACCGGGCGGCGGGCCUUCCGGUUCACGGCAGCAACAACAGAUGGCCGUCGGCGGGCCGCCCACUGAACCACUGCCCAGAUCGUCGCCAUCGCAGCAGCAACAGCAGCAGCAGCAACAACAGCAACAGCAGCAGCAGCACCCGCAGCAGCACCUGCAGCACCCGAACAGUUUAGGUAGACCGGGAACCACGCUGAACGUCACGUCGCCGCCAAUCGCGUCCAGCUCAGGCCAGACCACCUGCUAUACUCAGGGACAAGACAAGCAUUUUUGGACUCGAUCAGUCCCUACCGCUCCGCACAGCCCUCGUCGACCGAAACUCAAUUCGCGCAUGAAGAGCUUUUCACUGGACUCGUCGGACACCGCGGAACAAGCGCAAAGGCGACGGAUGGGCAGCAGUGGCAACGGCAGUGGCGGCGGUGGCAGCGGCAGCAGCACCGGACUACAACAGCAGAUGGAAAGCUACUCGAAUCCUUCGUCCUCGUCCAGAUUGCAAUCUCCGUCUAGCCCGGUGCACAACCGGCGUCUACUGUCCACCAGGACCAUACGGAUGAGCUCCGUCGAGUUACCCGACGACAACGAUAAAUCACUGUCGUCGGCAAGUACGUCUCCGUGCCCGUCGCCGGUGAGAUAUUCACAAAAACCGCACAGGCUGUUACCGAAUAAUCUCUAUGUGGUGCUGUACAAUUUCAAAGCCCGCCGGGAAGACGAACUGGAUUUGAAGGCGGGAUACAAGGUCACAGUUAUCGACACAUCGGACCCGGCCUGGUGGAAGGGUAAAUGUUUCGGUCGCGUUGGUUACUUUCCGUACAAUUACGUGACCAAAGUGCAGCCAGGUGAGAGGCCGUGGCAAGUCACAAUCAAUUUACAGGUGUUGGACGUUGACAAUAAUCCACUCACAUUGCUGAGAGACCAGAUCGUUAUCCAGAUCGGCGAAGGACCAGACGGCUCAGUAAUGAUCAGAAACGCAGAGAACAAACAGGGCAUGUGCCCGGUGAAGUUUCUGCAGGAGGUGUGACAAUCGGGUGAGCGAUACGUGACGCAUCGCUUCUCUAUGUCUCGACGUCCUUUCUUGAGCCCCUCUUUGCCCUCGGACUACGAGAGAUACGACGACGACCGGCCUUACGGCCGUCGACAUUCCAACUCGCAGAACCGACCGCUGUUGGUGAUCGGUCAACGUUGAAACAAUCCGCGACGCCGAAUUAUACACACACACACACACACACACAUUCAUACAAAUACUCACAUUUACACACACACACACACACACACACACACACACACACACAUACGCACACGUAUUUUAUAUAUAUAUAUAUUAUUAUUGUAUACAAACACAUAAGCAGGUACCGCGAUUCUCUAUACCCCUCGACAGCCUCCUCGAACAACCCCCUCGCGACUGAGGAAACUAGCCCACUCACCCACUCUCACCAGCAAACUACUACCGGAGUUGUUAAAUUACACACCCUCCACCCGUCUCGCUCUCUACUUUGUUGUGUACAACACAAAUAUAUAUUAUUAUAUAUUUACGCCGACGAGACUCUACGAAAAUAUAAUAAUUCACCGUGUUGUGCCUGCUCGUUGUGCUUGUUUGUGCGGCGUGUAUGGCGUGUGUGUGUGUUGUUGUUGUUGCUGUUAUUACUUAUCCAAUCGAUUUAUAGAAAACUGUAUACCCUCUUCAUAUUCGUGCCACCACUAUAUUAUAUUAUGUUCUAUAACCCAUUCGACGACUCAUCUUCAUACCCACACACAUAUAUACGUAAAAAUUAUAUUUUAUACGCGAACAUACAUAAUAAUAACAAUAUAAAUAUUAUAUUAUGUAAACAAAAAUUACGACCAAUUUUCUUGAAAAAAAAAAAAAUUAAACGAAAAAAAAUGUAUUAUUCUAGCAUGUUAUUAUAAAUAUGAUCUCUCUGUAGUAACAUAAUAAUAUAUUUUAGUCUGCAGAGAAAAUCGCACUCGUACGCGUGUGUAAAAUCAUGAAACAUAAUCAUUUUGUAAGCCUAAAACAGUAUUUUAACGUUAUAUUCAUACAAUUAUAUAUUAUAUCAUAUUAAUUAUAUAUAUAUUAUAUUUGUAUAACGGCCUAGAUUUGGAUUGUGCUUUACAGGCUGUUCACACUUAUAAUUUUUUAUUUUUUUUUUUUUUUUUAUUAAAGAAAUAUUAACAAAACAUAUUAUUAUCUCAACCAGGCACUUAGGUGUUUACCUAAUAUUAUUGGCUAUAAUAAUCGUUUAGCUAUGCUAUGUGUAAAUUACAUUUUGUCGUACGCUGAGCUAUAUAUUAUAUAUACAUAUAAUAAUAAUAUAUAUAAUGUUAUUUCGUGGUUAAAACUAUUAAUAAUAAUAAUAAUAAUAAUAUAUAUAAAAAAAAAUUAUAUAUACAUUAUAUUAUACCUUACGCUGAGUAAUACUUUUUGUCCGACACUCGUUUCCGUUAUGGACAUGGAGGUACUAUACUAUAUUAUAUUAUCUAAUAAUAAUAUAUAUUAAAUUUAAAAAAGUUUUUGAAAAAUAAAAAUAUUUAUAUAUUUAGGGUAUCUCGCGCGUCCCCGCCUUGACCCAAAUUAAGUUUUAAAAAACAAUCUUCGACUGCUGUCUAUAAUAUUAUAAAUGUGUAAAUGCAUGUUAUAUAAUAUUAUAUUAUACAUAUAUAUUAUAUUGGUAAUUCCGGAAUAAUGUAUUUACAAUAAUAAUAAUACGCUACUAUCCACCCGCUGACUUUUGAGCUUUUGAUACCCGUCCACACCACACAUUCACUCACACACACACACACACACACACACAUAUGUUCACGAACGUCCGAAACAAUUAUAUUAUUAAGAGUGAUCUGUGUAUAAAGUUUAUUUUUUCUGUCGUGCCGAGAAACAUUUAUAAUGAUACUAAUAUAUUUUACCAUACCAGAAAAAAAAACAAAAACCCGUGAUUCUUAUAUCCACCAUGUUUAAGUAUUAUAUUUACAUAAUAAUAUAUAUAUAAUUAAAUAUAAACAAUGCUGUCCUCCACAUAUACCUACUAUAGGUAUUCAACUAAACGAAAUAUGAGUACAACUAUUCAAGUAUAAUAUAACAUAAAAUCCGAACAUUUUUCACUCGUUUUCGACGAACAGUGAUUGUUAUUGUAACGCGUGACUAGAGAAGAUAACUGAUCUUCGCUUUACACUCGACCUAAUCAAUCGACAGGCAUACGUGUUGUACCUAUCCAUCACAGGCAUGCUCAGACAUGUUUGGCAGACAGGGCUUUACAACUAUUCCACGUGACUACCAUCCUGCUUCCCUAUAUAGCGAAUAAAUUCUAAAAUAUAUCCUUCUAUUUAGAUAACUACAUAACUCACCACCAGAAAAUAAGAUUUUGUGACACGUAAAUUAUCCAUAUCGAGAUACAAAUGAUCUCUUACUAUAAAACUAAACGUGAUUGACAAUAUAUAAUGUGCUAUCCUGCAAAUUGUAAGAUUGAUUAGGAGUGAUAUAGAGUGUACAACACUUUUAGUGUUAUGAGCAUACGAGAUUAUAAUAAAUCUUUUAACUCGAUAUUUUUGUACUCUUAUAUGAACAGAUUUCCCACAUUAGCGAGCAUUGUACCGCUUUUGAUAACUUCGUCCCCCUUUUUAAACGGUCCAUAAACAUAAAACAACCAUAAACACCUCAAAUGAUUUUUAAUUAAUUCUUAAUACGUUUAGUUUAUCAUUUAUUGUUACUUUUAUACUGUAACUUUAACUAUAAUAAUAUUAAUGUUAGGAAUCGGUUUUAGAGUAGGCAACAACGGUUAGUAAAAGGGUUAAGCAAACGUACAAAUCUUCACGCUAAAAACAAUCUAAUCGACGAAUAUUAUAAUCAGGACUAUGAAUUUAACGCAUUAAAAAUUUUUUUAAACAAACAUAUUGUGUAUGAAAUUUUAACAACAUUUUCUAAAACAAUUGUCUCUUAAAUCUAGAAAAUAUUUUUAUUCACAUAAUUUCAUUAGGUACUUUAAAAUAUCAAUUUCCAAUGAUACCAUUUGCCAAUAGCAUUAGGUAGGUACGUGGAAUUUUUGAAGUAAAAUUUCUUUACAGAAGGUACGAAUAAAAAACCAUCACGGUUGACUGUCACGACACGAUAGAUAAUGGCAUAAUGGUCAAUACCAUGCGCUAUAUCAACCACAUGUUUGCGGUAUCGAUUCAUGUCUGGGACACCUACUUUUUUGCAUUUUUUCUGAUAUAGGUAUUUAUUAUUUUUUUAUACAAAACAAACAAUAGAAACGUGUAUGUUUCGUGUACGGUACUUGUCGGCCGUCACGUGACGAUUUUUUCCGUACCCUCUGUAAAAAAGUUUCACUUCAUCCGUGCACACAUAUAUUAUAAAAAUCGGUAUUUAUAUUCAGUAAUAACCGGAAAACAUCAAUGACAACAUCUACAAUCUAAAAAUAUUUUAUCUCCGAGUAGAAUAUUCAACAAACACCAUCCUUCUUAGAAUUAACUUUUACCCAUAAAAUAAAAACCUCCCCGGAGCAAUCACGAUUGUCAAAUGGUCGAGAAAAAAAUUGUUAGUAGGUACUCGCAGACAAAUUUAAAAAUACGCAAUUUAAUAUAGGUUUUAAGACCUGAAAUAUUCAAAAAUGUGCUUUAUUAUAAUUUUUUUCUACAUAAAGAGUAUUAUAGGUUGAUAGUUCUAAAUAAAUAUCGGCCCAAACUUGAUUCCGUGACCCUGUAGUGGUUAGGAUUAGGUAAUAUCUGGUUAGCCAUAGCCCUGGUUAUUGGCUAAAACGUAACAAUAUCAUACAUAUUAUACCUGAUAUACUAUUAUAUUGUUAUAAUACAUUUCACAUCGAACACAUUUUCUAGCCACGAAUUAUGCGUGUGCGUAUGGCCGCAUAAUAUUUGCUUCCACCGUUGGUAACAUUUAAAUAUUGUUUAAUUAUUUUGUAAAUUACGACUAUAUAAACAACGCAAAUCGUUUUUCAUUUUCGUUUUCGCGUUAAUUAUACUUUUAACGAUCAAAUUGUGGAUGUUAUAAAAGCAUCAAACACAACCCCCUACCAAUAUAAUAGUAUAAUAGUAAUAUAAUAUUAUGCAUAACUCUAUUACAUACGUCCAAACGAUAUUUUAGUAUAUUAUAAAAGCGGUGCCCACAGUAGCGUAUAAUAUAUUAUUUUGUAAUGUUAUAUAUCAUGCGUAGGUAUCUAUAACGUGUCUAUGUGUUAUUUACUACAAUAUUAUUUUAUACGCAUAUAGGUGUACUUAUAAUAUGUAUUAUAAUAUUAUCGUGCGCAGCAGUCACUCUCACCUGAACAUUGUAUACCACGUUACCUAUAUAAAAAAAAAAUAUGCUUUCGUUUUAUAAAAUAUAUAUAUAUAUAUAUUAUUAUAAAAAUUAAUUGUUUAAGAAAAAAAACGCUAAUGCCGCAUAACAUAAAAUAUGUAUUGUAUAUUGCAUUAUGAUGAUAAUAUAUAAUAUUAUGUAUUAUUCGUUUGUACUUGUUUAUUUUAUUAUAAUUAUUAUAUUUUUUUUUAAAUUCUGUUUUUACGUUAAAAUAUUAUAUUGUGUUAAAAUGUUUUUUUCUCAUGUACAUAAUAUAAUAUUAUUAAUAUAAGAACCGCGUACGAUUCGGCCGCACGAGAUACGUGAUGUGGUUUCAUUCUCCGGCGGCCGUCGUCGACUCAUAUGUUAUUAUAAAAUAUAGGUUAUGUAUAUUAUAAUACGUCAUUAUUUAUACGCCUAUUAAAUAACAAUAUUAUAUACUAUAAUAUUAUAUGUAUUGUACACUUACUCGCCGCCCUUCCACUUGUGAGCUUUCGGUGCACGCGUACCGUCCACAUAAUAUAUUACCAGCUGUAAUGUGGGAGUUUCGCGUGCGCCGCGAUAAAUGUCUUAGAAAAUUGUAAUUGAAAAAUGUUUUUAAAAUUAAUAUAGGUAUAAUAAUAAUAAUAUAUAAUAUAUAAAAAAUAUGAUUAUGAUCAUAAUAAUAUUAUAAUGUGGUAUUCUCGUGAAUAUGAUAUUUGAUGAAAACAAUAAUAUAUAGAAGGUAUAUAAUGCCUAUACCGAUAUACCCGAUACGGACGAGCGUUAAUUAAAAUUUAUGUAAUAAUAUAAUAUAAGUCUAUAAGUAUAGAAAUCACUCAUUUUAUUUUUCGCUUCUUAUUUUUCACCCGUCGCCCGGAAAUACCUAUCGAAACGGCGGACGUGUGCCAACGUGAAUAUUUCCGCACACGAAAUAAGAAAUAGUCCGAUUCGGAAACAGACAAACUGCGUACGUGCGUGAAUACCCGCAGGAUCGGCGGAAGGAGGAUUGCGUAGGGUAAAAUUGUGAUCAAAAAUCGAUUUUUUUUUUUUACGCCCAUAAUGAUAAUAAUAAUUAAAAUUAUAACUUUAAUAAUAAUAUGUAAUUUGUUACACGAUCGUUAUUGUUCAUUUAUGGAAUAUAAUAUUAUAUUAUAUUAUAUACUUACGUAUAUUAUAUGUACACGUAAAUAUUAUUAUUAUUAUUAUUACUAUUAUUAUUUGUAUGAUUGUAUGAUUUGUAUUAUUUUAAUUAGAUGUAUGAUAUAUAUAAAUUAUAUAUAUAUUUUACACACAAACACACAUAAACACACACACACACACACGUGUUAACGAUUGUAAAACCUAUUUGUUAAAUGUAUAAUAAUAAUUUAUGUAAUGAUUAUAUAUUAUAUAUAUAAUAUGAUAUAUAUAUAUUGUGAGAUACGGCAAACGUUGCACUCAGUAAAUUUACACGUUGAUGAUUUAUAAUAAUAUUAUGUUAAUAAAAUAUAUUAUAUAUGUUAAACACGAUAA